AUGUAUCGUCCCUGUGGUCAUACGUCGUACCUCAGGGUGGCGCGCUACGGCAGGUCUUCGUUGCGUUCCCCGAUGUACGGCGAAGACGACGUGAGGGUGGAGGAGACGCCCGUACCUGCCGGGGCCGUCGCUACGAUCAACUGCGAGACGCUGGAUGAGCGUCGUGACGUCGUCUGGACCUAUAACCGUCACCCACUCGCCGAACCUGCCAAAGACGCGCCAAAAAAGCACGCAAUCGAGGAUUCGUCCGAUGGGCGUGGUCACGCCCUUACGAUUCUCUGCGUAUCGCCAGAAGAUGAGGGGGAAUAUGGUGUAUUAAUCGACGCGAUUUACACCCCAGUUACACGGAUCGUGGUCGUUGACGCCGAGGAGGUGAUCACGCAGUCGAUUCGCGAGGAUGAGGCCGAGUUCGAGAUUUCGCUACGCAUGGCCCCGCAAAGUGACGAGGUGCAGGGAAUGGCCGAAGUCAGACAGGCAGGCCACGCCGCCGAGGCCAAAGGCCCAGGGCAUGACAGUGUUCACGGUAUUGCUGAAGUUCGACAGGUGGAAGCGGCCGCAGAAGAGGCAGUAAUUCUGCGAGCCGACAUCACGUCCCCGGACACUGGAAUCACGAUGGACAUCUCCACUACGCCACACACCGAAGAGACGCCCGUUACGGUAGCCCAGACGACCACCGACACUGGACUCGCAACUGAGGCUCCGAGCGAAUCUGUGGAUGCGACAAACACGGAAAAGAUCGAUGAGGAGGAUUCUCGCGCCCUGCAGGCAGCAGCAGAGCGCGUGGCCGACGCGAUAGUCGACCUGCUCUUCCGAUUCCCAGCCCCCGAGGAGGGAAUCCUGGCCGAAGUUUUCGAAGUCGAAACCGAAGCCGUUGAAGCCAAGAAAGUUGAGGCGAAGCCGAAACCCAAAUUCGUCCCGGCCCCCACGCCCGACAUUGAAGAUUUCGCGCAGCGCUUCGUUGAUAAGCUUUUCGAAGAUUUGCUUGAGAAUAUACCGUUCCCGAUUCCGGAAGAAAACGAAAAUUACGAAAAAUAUGAAAAAGAGUACGGAAUCGUGGAGGCUCAGAGAACUGAGCAGAAGCCCCAGCCAAUUGAGCAGCAACAAUUGUCGUUGGAGCAACUUAUUCAAGAAGCUAUCCAGGAAGCACUUCCGGUUUUGAGCGCUGGAGCUGGCCCGGACGGGCCGGAAAAAUCGGAAAUUCCGGAGCAACAGCCGGAAAAAUCGGAGAAACCGGAAAUGCCGAAAAUCCCGUCCGAACCCUCCAUCGAAAUGCGUGAACCCCAGGAAAUCCCGGAACAAAUCAUCGAAACUGUUCAUCAACAACAGCUUGAAGCUGCUGAUGACUUUGAAAAUAUUGACAGGUCGGAGUUGGCAGAUUCCGACGCGAUACUCGAGACGGUGAUUGAGAAGCGGAUUGACGAGGAGGAGGAUGAUGAGAAGACGCCCGAGCCCGAGCCGCGCCUCCCCGACGUCGAGCUGGUGUUCAGACGGCAGCCCGAGCACCAGAACGAAGCCCACAUCCUUGCUACGCGUCAGCAGCUUGAGCUGACGAAACGUAUGGACGCGGUGACAUCUCAGGAAAAUGAGCUGACAGUGGAGUUGAGGAUGGAGAGCGCCGAUCAGACGGAAGCCGUCGUUAGGCAACUUGUUUACGAUGAGGAACAGGAACUCUCGCGGGCCGAGACGCUGACCUCCUUGACGUCGAGCGCCGUCUACAACCGGCCAAUUUUCGUCGUGCAGCUGAAGGAGGGAUAUGUUAUUGAGGAGGGCGCCCGCGUGGUGUUCAAGGUGCUGUUCCGCGGCAAUCCGCUGCCCGACGUCGCGUGGUACAUUGGCGGCAAUCCGGUGGAGCGGAAUGACCAGUUCAACGUGGUCAGCGAGGACGGGGUCUCGUUCCUCGAGAUUCGCGAUUUCUCCCCGAGAUUGGUGGGGGAGAUGGUUUGUGAGGCGACGAGCAGCGCGGGCCGCGCCGUCACCACUACCGUACUCAACAUUAAGCCAAGAGGUUCCGAUUCGUUACAAGAGCCACUGGUCCAGCCUGGAAUUGAAGCGCCCGGUUCGUCGCAUACCUCUAUCGACGACGCGUCGCUACGCACUGACACUACGACUUCAAGCGGAAUCGGCCAGGCGCCGUACGCCGCCAAGCCGCUGCCGAAGACGCUGUAUAUUCAGCGCACCGACCCGUUGACUCUACGAGCCACUUUCGGAGGCCAGCCCCUCCCAGAAGUUCACUGGGAACGGGAUGGGGAGCAAAUUCCGAUGGACGGCGAAACCGCACUCUACGAAGACGGCAUCGCCCUCCUGCGACUCGACCCGAAUUCGCUCCAGCAGAAUAUCCGAUUUACGGUGUACGCCGAGAAUCCGUCACUCAUAUCCGAGCAGCUCGGAUACGGUGCCAGGGUGGGCCGGGAUCGCCGAAAGGUCGGCCGCUCCAACCAGCCUCCAUCGCGGACGACCGCCCUAUCAUCAGAGCAACCCUCCAAAACCACGAUCCAAAUCGUGCAACCGGCCGAGGGCCCGGCCGUUGUUAGGCAAAAAUCGGAAACCCCGAGCGAAAUGUCGACACUGGCCCAACCGCCCCGUUUCGUUACGGAACUUCCGGAGCAGACCGAGAUUACGGACGGGAUCUCGUGGCUGCGCAUCCGCCGAGCGCUCGAUGACGACGCCGGCGAGUACGAGGUUCAUCUACAGAACCCGCACGGCUCGGCGACGUCGCGGUGCCAGCUGAAAGGUAGGAGA